AUGUCUCUAUCGAAUAUAUUGCAGCAUGUUAAAAGAAAAGGUCAAAUUAUACCUAAAACAAAUCAAUCUGGUAGAGAUGGGACACCUGAAACCAACAGGAGUACCGAAGAACUGAAUAAUAAAAAUCAGUAUAGAUACAGCAAUGGGGAAACUAGAACUGUUGAUCCUGUAGUUGCUAGGUUAAAGGCAGCGCGUAAGUUAGAGAGAGAGAGAAAAGAGCAAGAAGCAAGAGAAAAGAAAGGAUUAGCACCGAAGAAGCCAAAAAGUGUCCCGAGAACCAAUACCAAUAGCUCACGAAACAAUGAGGUCAAGAAUAACAACGGAGUAGGUAGAAUGAACAACUCCAGUAUACGCUCCGGUGCUAACAUGUGUCCAAACGUACCACCAUCGCAUAAACCUGUUAAAAAGAUGAAUUUUAAUGAUUUAAUGAAAAAAGCAUCAAAAAUUGACCAAAGCAAACUAUCAGUAUCCAUUAAACCAAAAGCAAAAUCUCCUGAAGUUCGUCCAACAACUUCUAAACAUAAACCUCUGUCAAGGGCCAGCUCUGCGCCUACUGAAGGGUACAGAAAUGUACCUAAAAGAAAAGAAGGUCGCCCCACAACUUCCAAGUAUUCUAAUUCAGAUGAUAAUAAACCUUCAGCAAGGGCUCCAUUACCUGUUAGAAAGCCAUCAACGAAACUAGAGGAGAAAUUAAAGUCUUCUGGUAAGACAAAACCUAGUGAUACUCGAAGCAAUAGAUCUCGCUCCUACAACGAUUCCGAAGAUGAAUACUCCGAAUCGUUUAUUGUAUCUGAUGAAGAAGAAGCUGAUUAUGGGAAUUCAAAUGUACCAGACUAUGAUAGGGAUGAAAUCUGGGCAAUUUUUAAUAGAGGUAAGAAAAGAUCGUAUUAUGAUAGAUAUGAUAAUGACGACUCUGGGGAUGAUAUGGAAGCAACCGGUGCAGAAAUAUGGGAAGAAGAGAGGAGAUCCAAGCGCAAUGCUGAAUUAGAAGAUCGUAAAGAACUUGAAGAAGAGCAAAGGUUAGCAGCUUUGAAGAAGGCUAGGAAAAUGAAACAACGUUAA